CUUUGCUUCUGCAGUUCUGCUCACAAACACACAGAGAAAGAAAUGGCGUCCAAAACAAACAAGAAGGGAGUAGCUCAUUUUUUCAAACAGUUUCUUCCAAAGCAUGGCUGUGAUGGAUUUAAAAUCCCGGAUGCUUUUGUGAAGUACCUGAAUGGAUUCCCGAAGAAAGCUGUGCUUCAAAAUCGAAUGGGUAAGCGUUGGCAUGUGGAGAUAGCCUACACUGAUAGUAUGGUGUUAUUUGCAAAUGGCUGGCAGAAGUUUGUCAAAGAUAAUUCUGUAGAGCCUGCAGAGUCUUUAGUUUUUAGCUAUGAUGGUGAUCGUAUAUUCGAUGUUCUGAUUUUUGAGAAAUGUGGAUGCGAGAAGAAGGAAAAUAGUGCUAAUGUGAGCAUUGACAUGGAGGUGAAGAUGGAGGAGAAAGAAGAGGAGGAUGGCAAAGUUGUUAUUGAUGUUGAUGAUGAGUGUGGUGGUGCAAAUAAUGACAAUUAUGAAGAUUGUAUCAAAGAAGAAGAGGCAACUAACAGGAACUGUAGAGGCAAAAAGACUAGUUGGAACAAUGGAGGAUCUAAGAGAAGGGCUGCUGUUAACGCUGGAUUGCAUGAAGGAGUUGGCGCAGUCAGUCAUGAUCAACCUCAGAACCCCUACUUCAUGUCGAAAAACAAUGGGUACAUGAAGAAUCACUUGAAGAGAGGAACUCGCCCUUAUGUGAGUAACAUGAAGGUGAAGAUGGAAGAGAGAGAAGACGGCAGUGAAAAUGAUGGUGAUGGAGAUUAUAUCAAAGAAGAAGAAGACGAGGAGGAAAAGGAUACAAAAGAAGAAGAAGAAGCAACUAACCGGAAGCGUAGAGGCAAAAAGCCUGGUGGAAACAAUGGAGGAUCUAAGAGAAGGGCUGCUGUUAACGCUCGAUUGCAUGAAGGAGUUGACGUGGUCAAUCAUGUUCAACCUCAAAACCCCUACUUCAUGUCCAAGUGGUAUAAGAAGCAAUAUUUGAAUGUUCCAUCAAAAGUCUUGAAAGAUUUUAAACUUGAAUUAGCCGAAAACAUUUUCUUUCAUGAUGAACUCGACCGAAAAUGGCCUGGAAAGGUUUUCAAUUGGAUGGAUGGUCGAACAGUGAUUCAUGGGUGGGCAACUUUCUGCCGGUGGAACCAUGUGAAGAAAGAUGAUGUCUGCAUUUGUGAAUUUCUGCAAACGGAGGGGAAUGUGCAAGAUAUCAUAAAGGUGCAUAUCAUCCGCAGCUCUGGUUCAAGGAGCUGA